AUGUUGCAUGAGAAACAAAGAUUGGUCGAGUCGACACCAGAUGCUUUCAUCCGCGGCACUCAAUUGUUAGAAUCCCGCAUGGCCAUUGCAAAGCUAGUUCAUCCCCCGCUAAAUACCGUCGUACUUGUUCCAAAUGCUACUACCGGUAUAGACACUAUCCUUCGAAAUAUGGAGUACUCGACGAAUAAUCAUAUUGUGGUCUUUGAGACGGUGUAUGGCACAGUCGAAAGAACAACACUUCAUCUUUCCGAGACGACUGGGGUCAAGGUGACACGGAUUCCACUUGAGUAUCCUGUCUCUGAUAUCGAAGUUGUAUCCCGUUUCAACCAAACCGUGGAGAAAAUCUGA